AUGGCUCUCACUGCUGACGUUGCAAAACACAGAUACAAUAAGGAUCUGUUCAAUGCUUUGACGAGAGGGGAGGAAGAUAAAGUGAUCCAACUUUGCCGAGAAAAUCCAGAGGGUCCAUUGCACGUCCUAUCCUUACACAAAGACACCGUCCUUCAUGUGGCCACCUACUCCAAACGAAAAGAUUUAGUACUCAAUUUACUCCAAGAGUUACCCGAAGGACAAUUUGCUAAACUGACGCAUCAGAAUGACGCUGGAAACACCGUACUCCACGAGGCGGUCACUUCUGACAGAACAGUCAAAGUUGCGACGGAAUUGUUGCUCAAAGCACCAGAACUGCUAAGUAUGCGCAACCAGAAUGGAGAGACGGCUCUAUUUUGUGCUGCCCGUUAUGGCAAAAGCAAGAUGUAUGAGUAUCUUGAUGAUGAAAUGAACAAAAGCAUCAAAGAUCCAGCAGAAUUGAAGGCCUUCCAUUAUAGGGAUGACAAAACCACUAUACUUCAUUUGUCCAUACUCAACGAGUACUUUAGUUUAGCCCUUUUAAUAGCAAGCAAGUAUGAGUACUUGCUUAAUGAAAAAGACGAUGAUGGAAUGACUGCUCUUCAACUUCUUGCAUGCAAUCCAGCAGCAUUCGAAGACAGGAGGAGUACACCAGUAUCUCUCAAGCGGUUCUUUUACUCUUGUAUGACUCUUACCUUUCCGGUUUACACUUCAUGUCAGAAAAAAAUUAAUAAGAGGUAG